AUGAAGAUCAUUCCAUUGAUGCUCAUUGCCAGCAUCAUACCCUUGACAUCAUUUCCGUCUUCGAUCAAAGCCGCCCGUAGCGGCUCUAGUGGUAGCUCUGGUGGUGGGGUUCGCGUUGGUGGUUUUGGCAGUGUUGGCGGUAUUGGUGGUGGUGCUGGUGGUGGUGGUGGCGGCGGUUCUGCUGGUGGGGGUGGCGGUAAGAAUGGUGGGGCUGGCGGUAAGAGUAAGUCUAAGAGUAAGAAUCCCGGCCGCUAUAGAGUGGGAAUUGGGGAAAGCCUUGCGGAUCGUGAAGCUAGGGAACGUGAAGAAGAAAGAGCUACAUGGGGCCUUAGAUUUGGCUUCCCCAAGCCUCAACCUGGUGGAGGCGAUACGGGUCCGUCCAUUGUGGUGAUUCCCAAGCCCCCUGCGGUGGAAAUGCCAAAAGAAUGCCAAGAGCCGGCUCGUGCUUGCGUCCAAGAGCAUAUUAUCGAUAACGCUGGGCCGCCUAAAUUUGGAGGGUCUUGUUGUGAGAAACUUAAAAGCGCAAUACCAUGUGUGUGUACAUUCCUUAUGUCCAAGGAUCCCAAGGCUAAAAAUGCUGCUUAUGGUGUACUUCGAGGUUGUCAUUUUAGUCAACCCAUUUGUAUAAAUAUGCCAAUGCCACAAACAUGCAGUCCGGAGGUUAGACAUUGCGUCCAAGUGCAUAUGUACGGACGUGCCGGACAGCCUCCAUACCGAGGUGCAUGUUGUAAGAAAUUCCAACACUCGAAAUCAUGUGUCGAACCAUUCCUUAAAUCCCCGGAUCCUAAGCUAAGCGGAUCUGCUAAUGGUGUACUUCGAGGUUGUCAUUUUCGCCGAUAA